AUGGGAACCACUCUACUCAGGUUCAAGAUAGAUGACAGUGACCUUAAGAAUAAAGGAGGCAAGCCUACUGUUAGAGUUUCUAACGUUGGCCACGCAUUGCAUGUCUGGCUCAAUGGAGAAUACCAUGGAAUAUGUUGGAUUCUGUCCAUGAACUCUUGGUUCUGGAGUGCAGUUUUCCACACUCGGGAUGUUGACAUCACAAAGAGUUUGGACUACUCAUCUGCAAUAGCCGUUCUCGGAUUCUCACUCAUCGUAUCCAUCCUAAAAACCUUUGAUGUUCGGGUGGAGGCUGCAAGAGUCAUGGUAUCCGCUCCAGUACUAGCUUUAGUCACCACCCACGUACUGUACAUUAACUUCUACAAACUUUACUAUGGUUGGAACAUGAUUGUGUGUGUGGCCAUGGGAGUCGCUCAGCUUUUCCUAUGGGCAAGAUGGGCAGCUGUUUCUAGGCAUCCUUCUAAUUGGAAACUAUGGGUGGCUGUGAUAGCUUCAGGUUUAGCUAUGCUUUUAGAUAUAUAUAACUUCCCUCUGUAUGGAGGCUACUUUGAAGCUCACUCUAUUUGGCACCUCGCCACAGUUCCUCUAACCAUUCUCUGGUGGAGUUUUAUUAGAGACGAUGCUGAGUUCAAAACUUCUAGUCUUCUCAAGAAAUCUAAGACAAAGGUGAAGUAA